AAGGGGAUUUGGCAACUAGUAAGAAAGCGAAUUCAGUAUUGGUUUGAAAUUUAUUUAGCAUGGAUCGAAACGUUAAACUUUUCAUACUGGUGCUAUUGACUAUUUCCGUGAGUUUAAGUGCGUGUGAGCAGCUUCUAUUGAAACAGAAAUACGCUGAAGCUAAGAUUAUCGCAAUAGGAUCAUGCAUGCUGAACUGUGCUUCAAAUUCAUUAGAAGAGUGUUUUAAAAGCUGUUCGAAUCGAACAGUUAGCCCCGGACCAAUUACAAAACAUAUUAGCUUCAGCUUCUCAAUUGAUUUAGUGUGUCGUGAAAGUGAUAAACUGUUUUUAAGUGUGGAAGAAGAACAGCAAGUUGCCAAGUUAAAGAUCGUCAACGUAUACGGUGUCGAACAGGACAUUACAUUAAUCAGUGACGCAUUGCUAGUAGAAGUUCCAAAUUUACGCCCCGGGCGUGCUUAUCAUGCUCAAGCGAUUGUCUUCAUAUCGAACAGUGAAUACUAUUUCACGAGCCCACAUGUUGUAUUCGAGACCAUGCCGCUGGAUUACAUUCCAGGAGCCAUAGAUGACAUAGAAGUGAUCAGUUUUCAAAAGAGUAAACAGGACGAAACGCUCUUGGAUGCCAUAGUUGAGUGGAAGCCUACGUCUGAUUUGGCUUGCCGAUACGAGAUCCUGCAUUACUCGUCACAUUCGACAAACUUCCACCCUAGUCCUAUACAAAUCCACCAGUUCGGAGGACCCCAUGAAGCUGUAUUGGAAUCGCUAGAGUUCGACAUGGAAUAUGAAGUUGCCAUACGAGCAAAGAAUCCACCUCAAGAAAGUAGUCUACGUUGGAAGUCCUUCCACACUCCUAGUUGCUUCGAAGUGCUGAACUACAGUCGGAUCUGUGCCCCGGAAGUCAUAUCGAACCUAUCCGUGCAAGCGGAACAGAUUACCAACAAGCACUAUCAGUUGAACAUUUCCUGGGAGCAACCUAUCAUCACUCCGGAUAGCUACGAAAUUCACAUUUACGAUCUCAACCCGGACUUGAGUGAAGAUCUGGCCCACUCUAUAUCCCUAAACGCUUCCGGAAACGCCACAUCAAUCGUAGUGAACUCGUUCCCCAUCCACGGUACGCAAUUCGAAGUGUUCGUCGUUGCCCACGCCAACAACCGUACCACGUCACAGAACCUAAUAUCUUCGAUACGAAUCCAGCGAAUCACUCGUGACCAUUGGAUAGAUGCGUUGGUGGUCAUCAUAAUCAUUUCCCUGCUGGUGAUCGGAAAGUUUCUGAUUCCUUUUUUAUGCAAGCGUUUUAAGCGGAUCAAACGAUACGACAAACCCCGAGGCUGGAAAGGUUUGGAACUGAGCAGUGACAUCGAAAUACGAAUGCAAACUCUGGAAGGUGGAAUGGAAUCGCAAGUGCUUCCUGGCGAAUUGAUUGUACCGAUCAACGACGGCAUGGAGGUGGGCUUGGAACAGAUUCAACUGAUGGACGUUUUGGGCGAAGGUGCGUUUGGUUUCGUUCGGAAAGGGCUUUUAACGACCGCAGUGGGAGAAAGUCGGGACGUUGCCGUUAAGAUGCUGAAGGAGUGCCCUAGCUUGGCCGACAUCAAAGCGUUUCGUCGGGAAAUUGAGGUUAUGAAAUCAGUUGGUUGUCAUCCAAAUGUUGUGUGCAUCGUAGGCCAGUACACCAGGAACGUUACCAAGAUGAUGCUGCUGACAGAGUACUGUAGCGGAGGGAAUCUUCUUAAUUUUCUGCGAAGUGUUUGGAACAGUGUUUUGAAACACCGUUCGAUUUCUGGAGGCUGUGAUUCAUUCGAUGUGGGUAAGACGAGGUGUAGUUCUGGCUACGAAUCUCCAAUAAACAGCUGUGAAAUCGAUACAGAUCUCCCAGUGAUGGUUGAAAACAAGCUUUAUCAACACCAACGAAGAGUUUCGAAUGAGUUCGACAACCAGUGUUACUUUGGAGAGGAAGAGAAACAACCAAUAUCGAGCAAACAGUUAAUCGAGUUCGCACGGCAGAUAGCCUACGGAAUGGAGUUCCUGGCACGGAACAGAGUUGUCCAUCGGGACUUGGCAGCUCGGAAUAUCUUGGUAUCAGACGGAGCAACAGUUAAAAUAUCCGACUUCGGGCUUAGUCGAGACAUCUACCAGGAGAACAUGUAUAGGAAAACGACCAAUGGGAAGCUGCCGAUCAAGUGGUUGGCACUGGAGUCGUUGACGCAUCAAGUCUACACCUCGCAAAGCGACGUUUGGUCGUUCGGAAUUGUGCUGUACGAAAUCUGCACCCUAGGAGGAAAUCCGUAUCCGAUGCUCGAGACGGGUAAUCUGCUUUUGGAACUUAAGGCAGGCUACCGGAUGGAGAGGCCGGCGAGUUGCUGCGAGGAACUUUACGAGCUGAUGCUGAGCUGCUGGAGAGCACUGCCAAGCGAAAGGCCAACAUUUUCGACGGUGACGAAUCAGCUGGAGAAAAUGAUCGAGCUGAGUAAGGUUGAGGGUAGAGCCUUAAUUGAUUUGAGUGUCAUAAUGGACUGAGAUGUGAGAGAAGAUUGUGUAUUUGUGAUUUAAUAAAUUUUGCUUUCAAUUAAAAUA